AUUUCUAUUUCAACUUUUUGUUAAAUAUUUUAGAUAUGCCUUAAAAUUUGACGAUUUGAAUCUCACGAAGCAUGGAUUUUGAAAAAUUAACACAAGAGUUGAGAAGUGCUUUGAAAAGAGCAGAUUCUUCCACAGAACAAGCCCGGAUUCUUCUGCCAUCUUCUUGUUUAUCACCAGAUGAUGAUAAUUGGCAGACAACAAUCCUAAAUAUCAUUUUUAAGCAUCCACAUCAUGUUAAAUCUAUGCACAGGGUUUUAAAAAAAACUAUUACUGUUCUUCACAAUCUCUCUGCAGAAAAAUUGCAAAUAAAACUGACCCAAACUUUAAAGAAUUUAUUUUCCAAAAACGACAAUUUUGAUUUCUAUUUUCCAUUCUUGUCUAUAUCAUUUCUUAUUGAGGAUUGUGCUUUUUCUCGAAAACUUCUUUCAUCGUAUUUGGUUACAAUUAUUGAACAUGCAAACCAUGUCAUCAAAGAAUCAUUAUUCAAGGAUCUUGUUGAAUAUACGAGUAAGAAUAAUGAGCAUUUAUGUGAUGUCAUAAAAACGAUACUUCAGGUGAUACAAUUUAUGAAAGCAGAUGUCACUAGCUAUUUUACCAUAUCCUCAAAUGAAGCAAUCUUAAUGCAAUUAUUAGAAAUAGUUAACAACUGUGUAGUAAUUUUACAAGAAAACAAGAAAUACACUUCUUCUCUGUGUAAUAUGUGUAGCAUUUUUAUCGGUCAUGUAUUGAAUUAUGAUUCUGAUGAUUACAAUAUUGCUGCCACAAUGUGUUUACUCUUGGACUCCAGUGUUGAAUCAUUCCCCAAGCCACAACAUCCAUUCUCUUCCAUUGCUGUGUCAAGGAGUUUGCAAUCUUCCGUCGAUAGUUUUACAGUUUUCAGGAUAUUUCUACUGAAAGGUUUAUUUUCCUGCACAAGACCGGCUGCGUUCUUUAAGGGUUUAAAUAUAAAAGCCUGCCCUACUUUUAUGCAUUUCUCUUUCAACUUGGUCUGCUCAGGAAUCGAACUUAUUGGAGAAUCACAGUAUCAUGCAUUCCUAGCAUUGAAACACUGGUGGUGCAAAGUACAAAGUUAUUUCAAAUCGGGAGAAGCGUCAUCACUCAAAGAUAUUGUUGAUGAAAAUGGAGAUUUUUUUCAAAAUACUUUGAAGAUACUUUUUAAGCAUUGGGAUAAUCCAAUUUCAGGUGUUCCAGCAGUUGUUGUAGAUAUAUUUAAGAUGUUGAUUCAGAUAAACAAAUCGGAUCAUCAAAGAUCAGGAACUAUUAAAACAGAACCAACUACAUUUGUUGAAACGACCUUUGAUGAUUUAAUAAAAAUGUCAUCAUCUGUGAAAGGAAAAUAUAACUUUAUAACAGUCUUAGUUUCUGAAAUUGGUGGUGACUUUUUGGUCAGAAAAUAUCCAGAAUUUUUGAUAGAACUUAUACCAUUGCUUGGUAUCAAUCACCUGUGUCCUGCUGUUUCGAAGACAUACAAAAUGGUUAUCAUUACAAGUUUGAAAAGAUUGGACAAAGAAAGACUCACAACCUUUUGGAUUGAAUCAUUGCUACCCGGAUUAAUGUAUGCAUUAGUCAAUUCAAAUCCAACGAUCCGACUAAAUGCUUUAAAAUUGUGGUUGCCCAUUCAUAUCAAAUUAGUUCCUGGUGCUUAUAACAGACUGGUAGAAGCUGUGAAUAAACAUUUUUGUGGCUCGAACAGUAAAAUGUGUUCUGGUAUUAAGUUGCUGGCUCUCGUUUCUAUCACCAAAGUCGCCAAAUCUGAAAAUGUCAUAUCUUUUUCUGAUGUUGAUGAAGAAUUGAUGCGUUUGUCUUUGUCAAGUUUUAAUGAUGAUGUCAGAUUAGAGGCAUUUCACUUGGUCCUGUUUUCAAUAAUCGAACAUCUGAAAUUAUUUCAACGCUUGAGAUGGAGUUGAUUAAAACAUAUUUGCCGAUGAAUAUGACAUGGAUUCACCUACGUUUCGGCAACGACUUGUUUACUGUUUACGAUUAUUCUUUGAGAGAAAUCAAAGACAGUGUCCUGGCUGUUAAAAAAACAUUGGAUAAACAGGAUUCUGAUCAAUAUAUUAAUAUGUGUGAAGAAAUGUUGACAUUCAGUAUGGAGUUAUUCAUCAAAUCACUUCAUGUCUCAUUUACAUUUCAAAGAAAGAAAACAGCAAUGGAUAUUUUUCCUACAUUGUUAACAACAUUUCAUCCUCAUUUUGAGACAAUACCGUUUUCCAAGGUUUUGGUGCAACCAGAAAACAGAACUGUUUUAUUCAAACUUUUAUUGGAUCAAAUUCCUGAAAUAAAGAGUCAAAGCCUUCAUCUGUUGAUGAAAUACUUUUCAUACCCGAGUGAAGAAUUCAUACAAAAAGCAUUGAAACAAAGUACUAACUUAUGCCGUUCACCCAAGUCUUAUGAAAAUGAAGGUGGAGCUAUGAUUUUAGAAUUUAUCAUUGGUGGAAAAUUACAAAACAAGGCUUCAAAGGAAGAUCUAGAAUUUGCAAUGGAUUUGAUUAAUGAUAUUGCAAUAAAAUUAAAGGAAGAUGCAAACAAGCUGAAGUUUGAUGUAUUAAAAGCAUCUUGUCAAGGUCCUACUCACGGCUGGUUGCUAGCGUUGGAUAAAUGCUUCCUUUCUCCUUAUUGCAAAAUAGUAACUGGAAAUAUGUACAAAUAUAAGUCAGACUUGAUUGAAUCUUUUUCAUUAUUAACAAUAGAUCUGAUUGAGUUUAUUUUGACAUCAAUAUUCAGUUCUGGUUUUUAUAAUGCUGAGGUUGAAUCUGAUGAAAAUCAGGAGAACGAUUUCAGUGCAUCAGCUGAUUUCUGUGAAAUGACAAAAAAAAUUGAAAGUUUAAUAAUAAACACACAGUUAAGUUGAUGUAAAAAAUGUGUUAUUAACAGAAAAACCAUGAAGCAAUAUUAGUUGCUGUUGGCUUUGUCUACUUCGUGGGAGUUCUCUUUUAUCCACUAUAGCUAUAUCAUUAGCAAAAACUCAAAACAAUGAGAAAAUUUUAUCAGAAAUUUGUAAUACUCAUGUUCAUAUACUGUCAAGUUGUCGUCAUCGAGGAGCGAUUGAAGGCUGCUUUGAGUCUUUUUCAAUUGUUUGUGAAUGUCUGCUGUCAUCACCAUUCAUUGAAUAUCAGAAUAUUAUUACUGUUAUUCUUGAAAAAGUUAUUUUAAUUUUAAACACUAACACAAAGAGAGAAAGUACUGUCACUAGAAGAUCUGCAGGAAAUACCACUAAUUAUUGAAGCCACAUUGGUGGCAGAAAUAUCUUGCAAACGAGAUGGAUUAUUCCAUAAACUGUGAGAAGUAUGAUAAAAUUGUCACGACAAGUUUGUGAACUGCAGCCUCAAAAGAUUAAUGAAUUAUUUGAUGUUCCCCAAGUACAUGGAUUAUAUGUUUUGAGACACUUAUUUAGGAAAUUCAAAAUUUUCUUCUCAUAUGAUUACCAUAUUGUGUUGAUAUUUUUCAAAUUGCAAUCAAUUGUAUGUCUUCUUCCAAUAUGGGUAGUUAGAAAUGCUGCGACACAUUUACUUGGUGCUGUAUCAAGUCAAAUGCUUGGACAAAAACAUAUCGAUGGUACUAAUAUACAAAGUUUACAAAAUUCAUUAUCUGCUUUUGAGUUUUUCUCCCAAUUCCCAAAUUUGUAUGACUUCAUUGUUGAAGAGUUGGAGCUGUCAUUAAUACCCAUAAAUGAAAAACUUACUAUACCAAAACCUGGACUUCAUCCGAUUCUGUGUAUCCUAUCUAAGCUUACUUACAGUAAGCAUGCUGUUAAAAACUAUUCCAAUCUGUUGACCGUGUUGAAAAAAUUGCUCGGAUCUUUUGUUUAUUCUAUAAGGCAUCUAGCUGCUGAGUCUAUUAUGGGGCUGGAAAAUGAAACAGUACUUCAGAAUCAAAUUAUAGACUUUUUGAAGACAUUGCCCGUAAGCUUAGAAGGUGUCAAUCUCGAUUUCAAUCUAAUUCAUGGGCAGUUGAUCCUCGCUUAUCACAAUACGAAGAUAUCUCAUUUAAAUGCUGACUUAUCAUUAUAUAUGGAAUUGAUGAAAAGGCCUUGGUUGUGGUGUAUUACUGA